UUUCUACAAUGUUCCCUUUUAGUCUUUCAACCAGCGUUAAUGGAAGCAGCUCAUUUAUUUAAGAUAUACGCAAUUGGAUCUUGAGGGUUCCACAAGGACACCAGCACCACUACGAAUAAAGGUAACCUCACGAUGGCGAUGAAAGUGGGAACGAGGGUGGUUCGAGGUCCUGACUGGAAAUGGUCAGACCAGGAUAAUGGCGAAGGACACCUCGGCACCGUGGUUACCAUAGGAAAGGAGAUCUUGAACCCAGCACAUCAGAAGAUCGUGGUGGUCUGCUGGGACAUGGGCAAGUCUGCUAACUACCGGGCCGGCUUUGAUGAGAACUACGAUCUGCUCAUCUACGACACUGCUGCCGCAGGUGUGAAGCAUAAUGGUGUAAUGUGCGAUGAAUGCAAGGAGGAUGAUAUUGCCGGUAUGAGAUGGAAGUGCAGCUCAUGCUAUGACUAUGACCUUUGUAACAAAUGCUACAUGACAUCCAAGCACGACCUGAAGCACUCUUUUCUCCGAAUCAUCAUCCCCAAGUCUGCAGGGUAG